AUGGCUAGCCAAAAUAGUAAUAUUUCCCCCAAAACCUUGGUCAUCAUAACCCUAAUAUCCCUUGGUUUCAACAACUAUUUCCUGCCAAUUCAUGCUGAAGAAACAGGCAAGGCCCUAAUUGAAUCAACCUGCAAAAAAACACAGUACCCUGAAGAAUGUAUCUCAGCUUUGGAAUCAGAUCCUGGCAGCUUCACUGCCAACUUAACUGGGUUAACUCGGAUUGCAGUGGAGAAAUCAGCUUCUAAACUUGUUGAAACCUUACACAUUGUUGACAUGUUGGUGCAGAAUGCGACGUCAGAUUAUCCAACAUGGGGGUCCCUUGUGUUGUGUCGAUAUUCUUAUAACACCAGUGUUCCUCAAAUCCAGGAAGGUCUACAGGCUUUUGAUCAGCUCAAGUUUGAGAAGUCGUAUAAAAGUGUUGAGGCUGUUAAGAAAGCUGUCAUUGACUGUGAUCAUCAGGGAGUGAAAAGCUUAACCCAAGUUAAUACAGCUUUGCUUAGGCUCAUCGAGGAUACCAUCAUGAUCUUGCAUCUUCUUUUCUAA